GCUGUCAGUUUGAAUUUAUGAGCGAGGGCUGUCGAACCGAGGCUCAGACAUGCUGUGAAGGUCGAGCGUUAAGUUUUGUGUAAAAUGUCCAAACAAAAUUACGUGUGAAAUUCGUGCAUCAAAAUUUAGUUCGUUACGCGCACAUAAAGUCUUUACAUAAACCCACACCGAACCCACACAACGAACGCGAUUGCCUAACCCCAGCCAGGGUAACUGCAGAGGGCAGCGGUGUCUGUUGCGCAUUGAUUGACGGGGGCCAGAGACGACAUGGCACAGCAGCGCGAGGAGCAGCAGGAGCAGCAGCCGCCUCAGCAGCCUCAGCAGCAGCCACCGCUAUCGGAGGCAACUGCAUUGCGGCUAUUGAAUAGCGUUGUGGCUAGCGCCGCCACGCCCCAAGCGUUGAGCAAUCCCUCGAUUGAGACGGGGCCAUCGGUAGCCGUUGAGACUGACGGCACUUGCGGCGCUGCCAGCUGCUCAACGGGGGGCGGUGGUGGUGGUGGUGGUGUUGGAGAAGUUGACGGUGGCGGUGGCGGUAGCGGUAGCAGCGGUGGUGUCGGGGCCACGCAGCUGGGGAUCGUGCUGCCAGCAGGGUCGGCGCCGGGUCCGGCGAACCAGGAUAGCGUCCAUUCGGCAAAUGAAUUUGGCAAUUCGUGUCGCAUCUGUCGCUGGCAUCGAAGCGACAUGGAGAUUAUCAACUGUCCAUGCAAAUGCAAAGGCAGCGUGGGCUACAUACAUUUGAAGUGCUUGAAACGCUGGAUCAUGCAUCGUCGCGAUAAUCGAUGCGAGAUCUGUAAUGCGCCAUACAAUAUAACUGCGGAUCGGGCGAGCCUAAAGCAAAUGAUGCGCGCAUUCUGCUGCGGUCGCUGCUGUGGCAUGAUUGUGAAGCACGUGCUGUUCAGUGCCUCGCUAAUGCCGCUCGCCCAUGUCAUACUGCAGCAGGUGAGCGAGUGCAGACAAUGGCAUCUAAUUGGACGCCAAUUGGUUGUGGGAACGAUCGAGGCUUACCUGCGAUUCUUUACUUGUGUACAGGUGCUACAUUGCAUGGAUAAUUUGAAUCAGGGCAGCACCGAGCAGUUAACGGUACAGGAGGUGUUUGUCGCAUCCUGUGCACUGCUCACAUCCAGCGCUCUAUUCUUUCAUUUCUUUGAAUUUGUGACGACUCGCUUCCUGCUCAUUCGCAACAUAUUGCGCCAUUGGUGGAUGUUUGGCAGCACCAACGACUUUGGGAUCGUUGAGGUUGAAGACGAUUCAUUUGACCUGUUCUGAGUUAACCAAACCGCAAGCGGACAAUGCUCCCUCAGUAUAUCCGAAAUAUUUAGCAAUAAUAUCCAAAUUAUGAAGUUUAUCAAUAAAAUAUGAGACUGGCAUUACAGCUUAAAUUCAAAAACAAUAGAAAACGAA